AUGUCGCUCAAUGACUCUUACAAGGCCCAAUGGGCGCGGUACGUUGCCCGGCACAAGCUCCAGCGAGACCUGGAAGCCACGGUGGCGAGGGUGGAUGAAGACCAAGAAAAGUUCGGGAGCCUGCCCCACAACUCGGUCUCGGCCCUCUCCAAACUCACGGAAGUUGCGACCGGCGGUGGCCUGAUCCCGGAGCACCACGGCCGUUUCAAGGUCGGCAUCGUCGGCGGAGGAGUCGCGGGGCUCUUCACCGCCCUCAUCCUGGACUGGCUCAACAAGAACCUGGGAAAGGACAAGGGGGAGGAGUACCUUGACAUUGACUACGAGAUCCUGGAGGCUGCCGACGAGGACCGCCUGGGUGGUAGGCUGUAUACGCACAGGUUCAGCGACCUUAAAGGGGGCGUUCACGACUAUUACGACGUUGGCGCCAUGCGCUUUCCCGAGAACGAUGUCAUGAAAAGAACUUUCCAACUCUUUGAGAUGCUGGGCAUCGAGAAAGGAAGAUUGGGCGACAGGAAGAAAGCUGAUGAUCCGCCCAAACUCGUGCCUUACUCCCUCAAGGACGAAGAGCAGCCGUCAUACUUCAAUGAUCUUCGUCGCGUAGGCGACCCAUGGGAAGGACCACGGAAAAUGGCUGACCCGUUCGAACUCAACAAGGGAGUGGCCGAGUGUGACCAGAUUCCUACCCCACCGGAUGAAACGAAGAACCCUGGAGGCAUCCCAGAUGGACCAGGGUAUAACUACAGCACAAUUCAGUGGAUUGAGACGGCUACUUUUGGUACUGGCUGGUAUGACCAGUCCUUGACUGAGGCCGUUCUAGAGUCCCUCGACUUCAACACGCGCAAGGAGCCGAAGAAGGAGGAGUGGUGGUGUGUGGAUGGGGGCGCUCAAAGAAUCGCGGAGCGGAUGCGGGGGAAGCUCGGAAAGCCCAAUGCCAUCAAGUUCAACACCCAGGUCACGGCAGUCGAGUCCAACUUCAAAAUCAACAACACCGUCUCCGCGGAAAUGACCUUGAAGGUCAAAGACACCAGCACAAAGAAGGAGGAGAAAGCCGAUGUAAAGUGCCUCACCGUUCUGAACUCAACGACCCUCGGCUCCAUGAACCACAUGGACUUGUCCAAGACAGGUCUGUUUUGGGACACGAAACAGGCGAUCCGCUGUCUUGGCUACGGUGCCUCGUGCAAAGUCGGGAUGAAGUUCAAGACGGCCUGGUGGAGGGAGGCGCCGUAUAACAUCAAACAGGGCGGCCUGGCCCGCACCGACCUCCCGCUGCAGGUCUGCGUCUACCCUUCGUACAAUGUCAACAACGAAGUUGACCCCGUCAAAGAGCCCAAUGUCCUCCUCGUGUCGUACACCUGGGGCCAGACGGCACAGCGGCUGGCGAGCCUGAUCCCGUCCAGUAAAGGCGAUUCUGAUGCCGAGAAGGAGCUCCGGAGCGUGCUCAUCCACGACCUGACCCUCCUCCACUCCCAAGGCCCCAGCGACACGGAGGCGUACAAGAAGACGCGGGCCCGCAUCGCCGGAGAUCUCAUGGAGGUGCACGGCUACGAUUGGUACCGCGACCCCCAUAUGGCCGGCGCCUUCGCGUUCUUCGGCCCGUGCCAGUUUUGGGACCUGUACCCAGCCAUCACCAAGCCCAACUCGUUUGGCCAGCUGUACUUUAUCGGCGAGGCGGCCUCGGCCCACCACGCGUGGGUCGGCGCCCUCGAGAGCGUCGUGCGCGCCGUGUGGCUCAUGUUUGACUGCCUGCACCAGGGCAGCAAGAAUGACGCGAGGCGUGGUGCGAACAAGGACGAGGGCUUCGCGCCAUACGCGGAGGCGAUGAAGCUGCUGGAGGAAGGUCCAAAGUCUGCCCCGGAAAUCCCGCUGCCCUUCUACCCCCUGCCAGCGGAACUGCCGAAGCGUUGUAAAGACACGGAGAAGAAGCGGGCUGAUCAGCUAGUUGAUCACCCUGAGCUGGACGACAACAGCCGCGAGGUCCCGAUCAAGUAUGGUGCUGCUGUUGUUGCUCUGAGCAUGGUCGAAUCGACACUGAAUCACAUCGCGAACAGUCCUCAGAAGAGCACUUAA